AUGCUCUCCCUCUUCCGCACCCUCCUCCUCGCUCUAGCAGCAGCAACAGCAACCCUCACCACCGCCUCCCCCCUCCCCCUCCCCAAACAAUCCUCCUCCAUCGCCCCGCACUCGCAAUCCUGCACCGCGCGCGCUCCGGGCGGCAUCGGCGGCGAACUCCUCAAAUACGACGUCCGCAUCGGCCGCGUCUACGACCAGAACAAAUGCAAAGCCGCCCGGAAAGCGCUGCGCAAGUCGCAGGAACUGGGAGCGUUUUCGUCGGCCGUUUCUUGUGUUGGUGUAGAUUCCGACCAACUCCUCGCCUUGACCAGAGACAACUACAGUAAAGAUCAAGUCCUAGCCUUGUCCAUCACAUCCGGCGACUCGACACGUACGAUCGACGUCAAAAAUCAUCCGAGCCUUCAAGCCAUUCGCCGGCUCAUGCGUCAUGCUCGUCGAGCUACCGGCAUUGUCUCUCGGUGA